UUGAUGAAAUAAUAAUUUCUGUCAUUGCCCCUAUUGCUGUUGCUGUUUAAUUAUCAAACAAAACCAAUAUUUCCUUCCUAUUCAAAGGAAUCACAAACCAUCAUCAUCAUCAUUUUGUUUUGUUUUUAUUGAUAUAGAGCAGUUAGGAAAUCCGACUCAUUACUAGACUAGAAACAAAUCAACGUUUUAUAAAUUGUUUUUAUUUGUCAAUCAAAGAUUUGUUUAUUGUUCUCAAAUCAAUCUAAAGCCUGAAAAUAAUAGUGAUGAUGAUGAUGAUGUUGAAUCAUUGUAAUUAUUUAGUUUUUCUUGCCCUAAUUUGCAUUAUAAUCAAGCAAAAAUCGGCUAUAGCUAAAAAAUAUUCAGCCAAAAUAUCGGCUAUGCAUUUUCUAGAAAAUUAUGGUUACUUACCUGAAAUGGGUGAUAAUGAAUUAAAUCUUCUUGAUCAUAAAGAAUUGGAACGUGCAAUAAAAUUGAUGCAAAAAUUUGCUCAUAUACCGCAAACAGGUCGGAUGGAUGCCAAUACAGUUGCUGUAAUGAAAUCACCACGUUGUGGUGUACCGGAUAUUGUAAAUAAUGUACAAUCAUCAUCAUCAUCGAAAUAUCAUCGAUCCAAACGUUUUGCUGUUUAUGGACCUAAAUGGAAAAAAAUGCCAAUUAAAUGGAAUUUGAUAAGUCCAUCUGCAAACGUUUCAUCUGGCCAGGCACGUCAGAUAUUUAGUCGUGCAUGGAACAUUUGGGCCAAAGCAUCGGAUAGAUUGAAAUUUGAAGAAUCUGCUGAUCCAAAAGCCGAUAUUCUAAUUGGUUUCUAUGCCGGUGAACAUGGUGAUGGUAAACGACAGAAAUUUGAUGGCCCCGGUGCUAAACUUGCACAUGCAUAUGCACCACCAAAUGGUGAUGUUCAUUUUGAUGAUGAAGAAAAUUGGCUGGAUAAAAAUGGUCCAAGUUUAUUUUGGACAGCAUUACAUGAAUUUGGUCAUUCAUUGGGAUUCUCGCAUACGGCCGAUGAAGCUUCCAUAAUGUUUCCUUAUUAUCGUGAUCAUGGUGAAAAUUUUACAUUACCUGAAAUCGAUCGUGCUGGUGUUCAAUACCUUUAUGGUGGUGGUACUGAUCUUGAUAAUACGAAACAACAUCAUGAAACAGUGACAAAAAGUUAUGAUGAUCGUAAUAAACAAAUUAAUGAUGGUACGACAAUAUCGCCGACAAUAAAAAGUUUCGAACAUGUAAUGUGUAAUACAAACAUUGAUGCAAUUGCAUCGAUUAGAAAUGAAAUAUUUGUCUUUAAAAAUCAGUCAUUUUGGUGGGUGAAAAAUGACCUAACACUGAUUCGUCAUGAACCGAUACCAAUAUCACAAUAUUUUAUUGGAUUUCCAACGGAUAUUGGUCAUGUAGAUGCUGUUUAUGAACGACGUAGUGAUCAAUUGAUCAUGUUUUUCGUCGGUAGACAAUAUUAUCUAUUCAAUUCAAAUCUUUAUCAUGCUGGACCACUGCCAUUGACAGAUUUAUGUCUGCCUGAACACGUUGAACGUAUUGAUGCAAUAAUCGAUUGGGCUGUAAAUGGUCGUGCAUAUAUUUUUACUGGUUCAGUAUAUUGGCGAUUAAAUUCACAGGAAAAUUGUAUCGAAAUGGAUUAUCCACGUGACAUAAGUGUAUGGCAAGGUAUACCAACAAAUUUGGAUGCUGCAUUUACAUGGCGAUUCGACAGUGUGACAUAUUUCUUCAAAGGUUCAUCAUAUUGGAAGUUUGAUAAUCGAAAAAUGCGUGUACAGAAUCAUAAUCCAGGCAGAAUUCGUGAUUUUCUCUUUCGAUCAAUCGAUUGUCGACGAAUUGCCAUCAUUCAUCAGCCAGAUGAAUAUAAUCAUAUUGGCCAAUAUGAUUCAUUGACAAGUUCAGCAUCGAAUGCAUUCACGAAUCAAUCAUUCAUCAUUUUGUUGUUGUUGUUAUUGAUAUUUUUGAAAAAAAAUUGCUCACAUUUUUUUAUUUGAUUGAAAAAAUUCCAAAAAAAAAAAUUUCGAAUUCAAGAGGUAUUUGGCAACAGAUGGCGUGUAUAUAUUGUGAAAAUUUAUUUUUGAAAAGAUAUGACAAACUUCGCUAUAUUCACAAAAACAAAAACAGAUAGACAGAUAUGGUAAAGCAAAUAAAA